CCGGGAAUCACGUGUAUAAAGUCUUUAAAGUGGUAGCAGAGGUUGCAUGUCUUGUGUUUAAAUACACCUGAGGGGCGAGGGAGCAGCGCUCGGGGCGUGGCUGGAAUUUGUUUCUCCAUGUUGUGGACACCAAAGUAUAAUCCAACAUGCGAACGAACAGAUUGUACAAACUGGUCAUCCACAAGAAAGGCUUUGGAGGCAGCGAUGACGAGUUAGUUAUAAACCCCAAAAUCUUUCCUUAUAUCAAGCUGGGGGACAUUGUUGAAAUUGCUCACCCCAAUGAUGAGUACAGUCCUCUACUACUGCAAGUGAAGUCUUUGAAGGAAGAUUUGCAAAAGGAGACUGUUAGCAUUGACCAGACAGUGGCUCAAGUUUUUCGUCUCCGGCCAUACCAGGAUGUCUUUGUUAAUGUAGUUGACCCAAAGGAUGUGACCCUUGACCUUGUAGAGCUGACCUUUAAAGACCAAUACAUCGGGCGUGGGGAUAUGUGGCGGCUAAAGAAGAGUUUGGUGAGUUCCUGUGCUUACAUCACUCAGAAGGUGGAGUUUGCCGGAAUUCGAGCUCAGGCUGGAGAACUGUGGGUGAAGAGUGAAAAGGUGACAUGUGGAUACAUCAGUGAAGACACAAGGGUUGUGUUCCGGUCUACAUCUGCCAUGGUCUAUAUAUUUAUACAGAUGAGCUGUGAGAUGUGGGAUUUUGAUAUCUAUGGGGAUCUGUAUUUUGAGAAGGCUGUGAAUGGGUUCCUGGCUGAUCUCUUUAACAAAUGGAAGGAGAAGAACUGUAGUCAUGAGGUGACAGUCGUACUUUUUUCUCGGACAUUCUACGAUGCAAAAUCUCUAGAGGAGUUUCCUGAAGCUCACCGGAGUGCUUCCAUCACACAAGAUCACAAGGGCAGAUUCUAUGAAGAUUUCUACAAGGUGGUUGUUCAGAACGAGAGACGUGAAGAAUGGACGUCUCUCCUAGUCACUGUUAAGAAGCUUUUCAUCCAGUAUCCUGUGCUUGUACGACUGAAACAUGCAGAGGGCUUUCCCAUGGGACACAACUCUACUGCUGACCAGGGCAAUUAUCUUGAGGCUAUUAAUUUGUCCUUUAAUGUGUUUGACAAGCAUUAUAUAAACAGGAACUUUGACCGCACAGGACAAAUGUCUGUUGUGAUAACUCCGGGUGUUGGAGUUUUCCAGGUUGACCGUUCUCUCAUGAUCCUGACCAAGCAGCGUAUGAUUGAUAAUGGUAUCGGAGUAGACCUGGUGUGUAUGGGAGAGCAGCCUCUUCAUGCGGUUCCACUCUUUAAGUUGCACAAUCGAUGUAGUCCUGGAGACUCACGGCUUGGGGACGAUUAUAACAUCCCUCACUGGAUCAAUCAUAGCUUUUACUCAUCGCAGAGCCAACCUCUCAAUAACAGCUUCACCCCACGCAUCAAACUGGCAGCUAGGAAGGUAGUCAGUGAAAAAGGCAGGAUUGGAAGAGAAUCAUCCCUGGGAAGCCCCAAAGAAACAGAGAAUGCUCUCCCCAUACAAGUUGACUAUGAUGCUUAUGACUCACAGGUUUUUAGACUGCCUGGCCCUUCCAGAUCCCAGCGCACUACUACAUUCAGGCCAGUGCGGGAGAGUCAAACAAGGAAAAGUUCAUGUUCCUAUGAUGCAUCCUGUAGCCCUUCCCAGCAAAGCAGACCAUUCCCAGCUGAGGAGGGCAGGAGCCAGGCCUCUGAUGAGAGCUCUCUGGGAAAAAUUUCCAACAUUCUACUCAUUCCAAGACAACAUCUCCAUCAAUACGAAGCCAGCAGUUCUUUAGGAUACACAAGCACCCGAGAUUUUCUGGAGAGGAUGAUAGAAUCCCAGCAGAGAGACUCUAGUGCACCUGGCAGAUUUCAUGUGGGCAGUGCAGAGUCCAUGUUGCAUAUCCGUCCAGGAGGAUACCACCCUCAGAGGGCCCUUAUUAACCCAUUUGCCCCAUCACGCAUGCCCAUGAAACUUACAUCAAACCGCAGAAGGUGGAUGCACACAUUCCCAGUGGGUCCUUCUGGGGAAGCCAUACAGAUUCAUCAUCAGACUCGGCAGAACAUGGCAGAGUUACAGGGAAGCAAUCAGCGAGACACAUCUCAUUCCUCUGCUGAAUUGCUUGAGCUGGCAUACCAUGAGGCCACAGGCAGACAUGGGGGCUCUCGUGCACCAGGAGACACUGGCUCUUGUGGGAGUACAGAGGAAUUCUGCAGCACAGCUAUGAAUGGGCAGAAAUGCCAAACUACAGGUUCCAACAGCAAGAAGGAGUCCCCUGAAGACAACCUACCCUGUGGUCCUGAGCCCAUGCCUGGAUUCUGCUGCACAGUUGGGGUGGACUGGAAGUCUCUCACCACCCCGGCCUGCCUGCCACUCACCACAGACUACUUCCCCGACAGGCAAAGCCUGCAGAAUGAUUACACAGAGGGCUGCUAUGAUCUGCUGCCUGAGGCUGAUAUGGACAGGAGAGAUGAGGAUGGGGCACAAAUGACAGCCCAGCAGGUAUUUGAAGAGUUUAUCUGCCAGCGCCUUAUGCAGGGCUAUCAGAUUAUCGUUCAGCCAAAACACCCAAAACCUACCUCUACUGCUCAACCCCCACUCAGCAGCAGCCCUCUUUAUAGGAGAGGGUUGGUGUCUCGGAUUCGGACAGAGGAAAACAACCAGUACUGGCUUAGCAUGGGGCGGACAUUCCAUAAAGUUACCUCCAAGGACAAGAUAAUCACAGUCACCAGAUAUCUGCCCAAAUACCCAUAUGAAUCUGCACAGAUCAGCUACACAUACAGCCUAUGCCCCUCCCACUCUGCUUGUGACUUUGUGUCAAGUUGGGUUGAAUUCUCUCAUGAGCGACUGGAAGAUUACAAAUGGAACUAUUUGGAUCAAUACAUCUGCUCAGCUGGCUCUGAAGAUUUCAGCUUGAUAGAGUCUCUGAAAUUUUGGCGUACGCGAUUCCUUCUUCUUCCUUCAUGUGUGGGACCCACUAAGCGUAUUACAGAGGGGGAACAAAGAUGUGAUCUGUAUGGAGACCGUCCGAGAUCAGAGCAAGAAGAAGGACAGUUGUUGGAUGGCUUCUUACGCUUUUUGGAGGGGCUUAAUCGUAUACGUCGGCGUCACAGAUCUGACCGCAUGAUAAGAAAAGGAGCAGCAUUGAAGGGGAUGCAAUUACCCAGCCAUCCUCCAGAGCCGCAGGGACCACCCAUUGGAAAAAAAGGAGCUUCUGCACUUUCAGCGCUGCUAGAGAUGGAGGCCAAUCAGAAGAGCCUGGGAGAGCAACAAGCUUUGGUGCAUGCUGGAAAAGGGUCAGCUCCAAACACAGACCCAGCUGUCACCCCCACGUAUUUGGACAGCCCACGUAAGGACGGUACCUUCUUUAUGGAGUUUGUCCGCAGCCCACGUACUGCACCAUCCUUCAACUCGCAGAUCUCAAUUGACCAAGGAGCAUCACCCUUUGCUGAUGGAAACAGCGCUAUAACUAACACAUAUUCAUCUGACAGAGCCUUGAGCCAGGGAGGGAGCACUGUAGAACAGACAUUGUCCUCAACUGAGACAAGUGGUCCUCAGGUGUCUGGGGGUCCCAGUACCUUACCAUCCAAUGCCAGCCUCAACGAGAUUCUAGAGGCCAUGAAACACUCAACUACAGGAAUUCCAGUGCUGUCAGAACAGAAGAAUCUCCCUUCCUGCUGCUUUAUUAGUGCAGAGGUUGUACACUGGCUCAUUAAUAACAUCAGCUGGGUCCAGAGUCAGGCCAUGGCUAUGGACAUUAUGCAGAAGAUGCUGGAUGAGCAGUAUAUCACACAUGCUUCUGGGGAAACUCUCAGAACCUUCAUCUAUGGCUUCUACUUGUACAGGAUUCCACCUGAGAAGGAACCCGAGAGGGCAUCAAGCCUAGUACUGACCAGCACCUGGCAUUCAUCUGCCAUGGAGGAUUUUACAGCCUUCCAGAGAAAGUGGUUUGAGGUGGCUCUGGUUGAGGAGGAGCUCCUGCACUCUGAGAUCCCCCCCUUUCUCCUGCCCUGGUUGCCAAGUCGUCCUGCGUCUUAUGCAAGUAGGCACAGCUCCUUCGACCGCAGCUUCGGAGGAAGGAGCCAGGCCGCAGCCCUUUUAGCUUCUACAGUUCCAGAGCAAAGAACUGUCACCUUGGUGGAUGUAAAUAAUCGCACUGACCGGCUUAGUGGUGCAAGCUGUUACUAUCAUGGAAACUUUUCUUUAACAGCUGCCUUUGAGGUCAAGUUGCACUGGAUGGCAGCCACUGCUGCUGUGCUCUUUCUGCAGGUACAGGGCUGGCACAGAAAAGCCACUUCCUGUGGUUUCUUGUUAGUGCCAGUGUUGGAGGGCCCUUUUGCUUUGCCCAGUUAUUUAUAUGGAGAUCCUCUGCGUGCCCAGCUCUUCGUUCCCCUCAACAUCAACUGCUUGAUAAAAGCUGAAAGUGAUCAUCUGUUUGAGGGGUUUGAACCAGAGACUUAUUGGGACCGAAUGCACCUUUUACAAGAAGUGAUAGCAUAUAGGUUUGGCUUCAUCCAGGAUAAAUAUUCAGCCACUGCUUUCAACUUUCCAUCUGAGAAUAAACCACAGUAUAUACAUGUGACUGGUACUGUGUUUUUACAACUCCCCUAUUCUAAGCGAAAAUACACCACAGGGCAACAGAGGCGCAGGAGGAAUUCAACUAGCUCUUCCAACCAGAGCCUAUUUGGGGAGGAUCGUAUUGGGUACAACUGGGCAUACAACACCAUGCUGACCAAGACUUGGCGCUCCAGUGGCACAGGAGAUGAACGCUUUGCUGAUCGUCUGCUUAAAGAUUUUACUGACUUCUGUGCAAACCGUGACAACAGACUAAGUGCCUUUUGGGCCAGUUGCUUAGAGAAAAUGAACAUGAGUGCACCCUAACUCUAGCUCUGAAACAAAAAGGGGGGGGCAAUAUGUUUCCUGCCUAAGAAAGACCUUAGGUGUAAUUCAUUUCUCAGCAUCUUGCACGGUUCCUUUUGCGCCAUGUGUGACCAUCUCUCUCAUAUUUGCUGCUAACCCAAAAUGUAUACAGAUUUCUGCUAAACCACAAGCAGAGAUGUUUGCACUGAAUCUCAAAAAAUGUAUGCAAUUUCUUUCACACUGUUGCUGUGUGACUGAAUACACCAAAGAAAUAAGGCACUUUAUCAAUGAAUACUGAUGGUGUACAUACUGACAGUUUGAUAUGUUAAGGAAAACAUAAUUGCAGAUUUUGGAGCAGCUUCAGCUACCAAUACAUCCUUAUAGGAGUUUUGACAUUGGGUUUGAAAUGUACAUCACUUUGAUGUGUGUAUUAGGGGGACUUAUUAUUCUACAGAAUAAGAUAUAUACAAUCAUUAUUGCACAUUAUGGUGGUUAUGUACACUGAUAAGCUCUUCCUGUUGCUAUAUCUCCUCAUGUUUGCAAAAUAGUGUACUUCUUUUCUCUGCAGCUGUUUCAUUCCUGCCUUGUAUGUAUUUGUAAUAUUUUUAUGUAAAUCUAGUUUUUGGUAUCUGUCUUGCUAAAAUAUUGCUAAUGUGAUUUUUGUUUUUGACCUCCAGGGGCCACAAUGUGAUCCUCCAAUACCUUUCUUCUUAUCCCCAUCCAGCACUAUCUCGUUUGCAACGACACUCUUCUCAUUGCGAAUCUGAUUUAAUGAGCAAUUGUGUAUAUGCAAACUUGUGUCCUUUUGAUUUACAUAUCCACAGCUGAAAUGUCCAUCAUUCUUGUUUAGCUGAACUGAAUUUCUAGUAUCUCUUUACUAGUACCUCUAGUGGAAUAAUCCAGAUGUUGCUCCCCGUUUGAAAAAUGUGGUCACCUAUUUUUCUAUGGAAGCAUUUAUUUUCAUAUAGCUUAGAAAAAUGUACUGUCUACAAAUCAGAAGGACUGCAAUGUGGCCCUGCUUAUAUGGCUGCUGUGCAAUGUUGUUCAGCCCUAACAGACAUGAGUGUAGCCAGAGGUUAGCGGAACAUGAUAACAGGACUCUUUAGCUGUAAGAUUUCCGCAAUAAAUUACAAGUUUACAAUA